AUGUAUGUGAAAUGGUUUGAUACAGUAAUGUUUUACUAUGUGAUUUUAGUGAAUUUAGUGAAUGUCACUUCUACAAUUCUCAAAUUUCCCGCCAGUUCCGUCCCCGUACGUCCUGACAUCGCAGGGAACGGAACCCGGAAGACAGAUGCCGGCAUCGACCGGAGGACAUUGCAGGAGCGCAGGACAAGUUAAGUGAAGAAGAGAUCCCAGAGCAGCGCUGCAAGGUAUUCCCGAUUGUAGCUCGGGGUUACCACUUGUGGUGCUGAAACUUUACCCCGAGUUCCACUCGGGAAUACCUCCAGGGAGAUUAAGACUUU